GUCGAUAUGGGCGCCGCAAAACCUCAUCCUCGCGGAAAACUCGUUGAAAGUCGUCUGGGCGGGUGUUUCGGAGACAGUCGUGUUUCUGGACAACGAGUUCUACAGACUGAGCAGCGUCGAGAAAAAGUACGACAAAUUGCCGGAGCAGGAAAAUAACGUGGCGUGCCUUCACCCUCAUUUUCACUCUUUUUUUGGCGACUCGGAACAAUGCCGCGGAGCCGUGUGCACGCACAGCUGCCAGAUAGCAUUCAUGGCGCCCUUUAUUCCACCCGGAAGUGUUCCGAGCCGGCUCAUCGCCUUCGAGGACCUCCGACCAAGCUUCCCCGAAAUAUGCUUCGUAGCCACGACCGGAGGGGGCAGAUGUGCAGUCAUCUUCGAAUACGUCGGCGAGAACCUGACAAUGCAAGACACCUACAUCAGCGAAUUCCCCAGCAUCGGGAGAAUGCAGCAGUGGUACAUGAACAGCAGCCAGCGCGGCCCGCACACCAAAGACCUGCCGCCGGACGUGCUCACGUACGUCGUCCCCGGUGUGGCCAAGCAGCUCGUCGCCAACGCCGCCACCUUCACCCUCCUGCUCACGCGCCAUAACCGCAACUGUGUCUACACGUGGGGCACGCCGAGCGCGACGGCGGAGAUGCUCGGGCGCGCGCUCAGCCCCCUCAACCCCCCAGACCGCCCGCGCAUGGUCAAAUACCUCGACAACCCGGAGCUGGACAUAACGCAGAUCCGCGGCGGGGGCGGGUACGCUGGCGCGCUCAACGAGGCCGAGGGCAUGGUGUACCUGUGGGGAGUGCCGGGCAGCGCGGCCGACGAGCUCACCGACUUCGCCUUCGCGGGCGACGACUUCGUCGCCGUGGCGUGUCCUGGCGAGCGCCACGAGCCGCUGCCCCGCAUCCGCGACUUCGACAUCGGCGAGGACCAUGUCGCGCUGCUGGACCGGACGGGGCGCGUCUUUAUCGCCGGCUCGAAUCGCUUCGGCCAGUUGGGCCUGGGUGCUCAGGUGCCGUUUUCGCCGGCGUGGCGCAGAGCUGCGCCCGCGUUGGAGCCGUAUGUCGUCGCGGUUAGUUGCGCCGCUUAUUGCACGUAUUUGUUGGUUGAUGAGUCGAGGGCCCUGCGCGAUGAGGUGUGUAAGGGCGCGAAGCGGAAUAGAUUUGGUCGUGGGCAGAGAUGGUGGCAACGCCAGCAAUACGACUCUAUUUUUUGAAACUCCUGCUUGCGUCCUUUGCGUCUGUAGUGAGUGAAGGUGGACUCUCUAAAUUCAGGAGCUCUUCGUUUUUGCGGUA